AUGCGGGAGACUCGCAGUCACCGAUUCGGAUGUCAGGGUGGACCUUUCCGGCUCUUUCACCGGUUUGCUGCCAGGGGCUGUUUACCCAACAUUUCUUUCACAACUUGGGAAAACCAGUCGGUAAGCCUGGCCAAGGCGGACGGCUGGCGCGUGCCUUGGGAACAGCCAAUUCUUCGGAUGUCUUUAGCGGAUAGUGCCAACAGAGGUCAGCGCCACACCAAACACCUGCUUCGGAAAAUGCCUUUCUCCGGCAGCAAGGGAUGGCAGCGGUCAAAGCUCAUUUCUGUGAGGACCACAGGAAAAGCAGCACCCUGGUGGUGUGGACAGGCAGAGCGGUCUCAGCACUUGCGGCAGGCACAGCAAGGCGCACGGGUACAGUGGAUAUUUGGAGCUCAUUCCCCAGUCGUAGGAUUUUCACCUUCUUCUAGCGUGGAAUUUGUUCCUAUGUUUCCACCUGCAUACACAUCUGCUGUUCCUCCUCACCCUGGGAAAAGUUGGAUAGAUAAAAGGCUCCCGAAUUGCAAAAUAUAUUUAAAUAAUGCAUUUGCUCUGGAUUCAGCAUGGAUACACCCUGAGGAAUCAAGAAUCUUCCAGGGAAGUGAGAAACCUCUAUUAAUGACAAAUCAAGUAGCUAUGGCUAUAGCUAGACCAGCUACUGCCUCAAGGCCUCUUCCCACAGUGGUGUUGGCACCUCAGCUUAUACCAGGUGGUUGCCAGAAUAGCCUUAAGCCAGUUGGCGGUAAUCAAACCAUUGCGUUAGCAGCUGCUGCAGCAGCAGCCACCACCACCACCAUGGUGUCAGUAGAUUCUGAAAGACCUCAGGGACCUUCAUCUACAAGUGUCCAACCAUACCAUGUGCUGACCUUGUCACCAAUCAAAAUUCCAGUUUUGACCUCACCUUUUCCAGGUUCUGCCUCCAGAAUGGAUGCUCACAUGAAUCCUUUGGUGCCAGCUCAAGUCACCAGGGUAACUGCUGUGUCUGCACCAGCUGUGACUUUCAUGGCAACCAAUUUGAUGGAUCAGACAUUGACAGAUAAUGGCAAAGAAUCAAGUAGACCCUCCUGCCCACCGACCUUGAUUUUGCGUGCUGACAGAAAAAGUAAGCCAGUGGAGAAUGAUGACAAUAAGGAUCAUUCUUUAAAACUACUAAACGAGGAUGACAGCACAGCAAAUGGCAACAAGCCUGUGGCAUCCACCCCAGUGCCAGGAUCACCAUGGUGUGUAGUCUGGACUGGAGAUGACAGAGUCUUCUUCUUCAACCCUACAAUGCAGCUGUCAGUAUGGGAGAAACCAGUGGAUCUAAAGAAUCGUGGCGAUAUAAAUAGAAUCAUUGAAGACCCACCACAUAAACGCAAACUGGAAACUUCAGCAACAGAUAAAAGUGUUAGUUCAUGCCCAGGGGAUGAAAAUGAUGAUCUUAGCAUCAAAACUAAGAGAAAUAAAACAGAAGAUUCCCAAAUUGCUGACCAGAGGAAGGAUGAUGCAGAGGAGAAAAAUGUGAAAACCUCAGCCCAUCAGAUUAUGCUUCCUCUAGAAGAACGCAUUACCCAUUUCCGUGAUAUGCUUCUGGAAAGAGGGGUCUCAGCAUUUUCUACAUGGGAAAAAGAGUUACACAAAAUAGUAUUUGAUCCACGCUACCUUCUACUGAAUUCUGAAGAACGUAAACAGAUAUUUGAGCAGUUUGUCAAGACCAGGAUAAGAGAAGAGUACAAAGAAAAAAAAAAUAAACUACUGUUAGCCAAAGAAGAAUUUAAAAAGCUUCUUGAAGAGUCCAAGUUAUCACCAAGAACAACGUUUAAAGAGUUUGCAGAGAAAUAUGGAAGAGAUCAGCGGUUUCGACUUGUUCAAAAGAAGAAGGACCAAGAGCAUUUUUUCAAUCAAUUCAUACUUAUUCUUAAAAAGAGGGACAAAGAAAACAGGAUAAGGCUACGGAAAAUGAGAUAAAAAUUCUUGAAAUUGGCAAUAAAUAUACAAGUUAAUGCUGUGACAGCAGUAGAAAUUAAAAUGAAGAAAAACGCAUUUGGGGUUAGAGUUCCAGCAGCGUAAAGAAGAACCGGAUAUCCCUGAGAAAAACUCUCUAAAUGAAGAUUGCUGAUCAUAUAUUACAGUUGUGAAGCCAGGUUGUUCUGCGGGAAUCUGAAGGAUAUUUUGUUUUCAAAGAAUUAAUGUUUCAUAUUGAAGCUCUCUUUUGUACAACAUUCAGAGUUUGAUGCAUUUCUAAUUGCCAUGAUAUGUCAAUCCCUUAAUUGUUUUAAUUAUGCAAAUUAGUUGUAAUAUACACAAAUUAUGAAUCCAACGCAGAUUUGUAAUUAAGCAGAAACAGAUGCCAUCCAUAACGAUCUCAAGAUAUUUUCAUCAUUUAGGGGAAUUAUCUAAAGCAAUCUUUUGGCAACUUUAUGCAUUAACAUAAAUUGUUUGGAAGUACAGUGGUAUGCAGGAAUUCAUUACUCAGUGUUCAUAUGUCUAUGUCCAGUUUUCUGAGUAGUUGUAAUAAGAUAUUGAUUGUUAAUCAUAGUGAAGAGUGUGAAAAUCUUGGCAUAUGUUUCAUAGCAAAACUAUAAAUUUCGGAAAUAGCUUUCUAAUUACUGUGAAUGGUGCUUUCAGGCACGCAGGUGAUAGCAACACUUCUCCAUAAAAGUUACUAUGAAGAAGUUAUUUUGUAAAACCAUCAUGGUAUGAUUUAUGUUAUUGUAUGUGAAGAGUCUGCAUGAGAUUUUUUUCUCAU